AUGGCGAAAAUCUGCGAUCGUUGUUACAAAGAACGCCAAGCAACGAAAAAACAAGAUGCCAUUGAUUCAGGGCAGCAACUCCUGGUCGAGCCGCCUCGCAAAUGCAAGGAAGACGGAUGCACCAAUGCUGCACCGAUUGGUGGUAAAGGUGGCCUCUAUUGUGAAAUGCACCGCAAUAAGAUAAACUCUGCCAAGCAGGUGGAAGCCGGUCGAGCUCCUGUUACUGCCGACACAAGGAGGUGCAAGCAGGACGGUUGCGAAAACCCAGCACCGCUGGGAUCUGGUGGACUUCUUUGCAAGUCGUGCGUUCACGCGAAGCAGCGGGUUACUCGACCAGACAGAAAUGGAAAGGCGAAAGCAAAGUCAGUGGAGCAGCCUGGCGACGAUUCUGAUAUCAGCAURGAUAUGGAAGAUGGGGAGUGCGACUGA